AUGAAAUUUGGAGGGGAAAUACUAAAGUGUACAAAGGAUCAACCACCAACUAGAUACCUGGGCAUAUGGAUAGAAUACAAUAGUAACCAACGAACACAAUUAAAAAAGAUGGAACAAAGAAUAAACCACACAACAGCAGCAAUUAGAAGAGCAAAAGUAACAGACAAACAAAUCAAAUAUAUUUACAACCAAGUUCUAAAUUCACAAAUACUAUAUUUAGCUCAAAACCUAAUACCAAAAGAAAAAUGGAUACAAAAACAAGAAGCUAAACUACGAUCUACGUUUAAAUACAAAGUAAAUCUACCUAAAGACAUUUCAAACUUAAUAAUACACUCAGGAAUGGGAUAUAAAUUAUUCGACUUAAAAAGUAGAAUAUAUAGACAAGCAAUAAUAGAAUUCAAAGAACGACUAGAAAGUAACCAAACAUAUGGAACCACAACCAGAAUUAGAACUCAAACACUCCAAAAUAAAAUAUGGUUAACAACCCCAAUAUAG